CUCUCCGCCAGGCUCUUCCAGCUUCAGGGCUGUCGCAAGUGAUGACCAUGCAUGGCCUGCAGGACGGCAAGCAAAUAAAAGUCGGCGUCCUCGGGGCGACGGGUACUGUGGGACAGCGCUUCAUUCUCCUCCUCGCAGAGCACCCGUUCUUCGUCAUUCACGCCCUCGGCGCAUCCUCGAGAUCUGCGGGGAAGCAAUAUGCGAAGGCGGCGACCUGGAAACAGGUUAAGCCCAUACCGUCCCAGGCUCGCGAGAUCGUCGUACAGGAGUGCAAGCCUGAGCACUUCUCCGAGUGCGCUAUCGUAUUCUCCGGCUUGGACGCGGAUGUCGCGGGGGAUAUCGAGGCAGCCUUUCGGGAAGCCGAGCUUGCCGUGUUCUCGAACGCGAAGAACUUUAGGAGGGAUCCCCAUGUCCCCCUCGUGGUCCCUCUCAUAAACACCUCCCAUCUUUCCAUCAUCUCCCAACAGCAGGCGCUUCACAGUCCUCCGCUCAAGAAGGGCUUCAUCGUUACAAAUGCCAAUUGUAGCACCACCGCUGUCGUCGUUCCCCUCGCCGCUCUCGAGCGGGCAUUUGGUCCUAUCGAAUCCUGCAUGAUCACCACCAUGCAAGCUAUCUCCGGCGCGGGAUACCCCGGUCUUCCGAGUAUGGACAUUCUUGAUAAUGUUGUCCCCUAUAUAUCUGGCGAGGAAGAGAAGAUUGAGUGGGAGACCCUCAAGAUCCUCGGUGGUAUAGCCGAAGAGGACGGCACGAAAUCGUUCGACAUGCACGCUCGUCAUCCCCUGCGCAUUUCCGCGUCCUGCAACCGUGUCCCGGUGAUCGAGGGCCACACUGAGUGCGUCUCUGUCCGCUUCACGCGGCGCCCACCGCCGAGCCCCCAGCAGGUGCGCGAGGCACUCCAGGCCUACACAUCCGAUGCCUACACGCUCGGCUGCCCGUCCGCUCCGCGCCAUGCAGUCUUUGUACAUGAGGAGCCUGAUAGGCCCCAGCCGCGCCUUGAUCGUGACUUCCAGCAGGGCGCAGGCGUGAGUGUGGGUCGCGUGCGCCAGUGCAGGGUGCUCGAUAUCAAGUUUGUCGUGAUGGGUAACAACGUGGCCAUCGGCGCCGCGACAAGCAGUAUUAUCAACGCCGAGUUUGCGGUUGUGAAGGGGUUGGUUCAGGCCUAGACAGGGACGGAUGAAAAGCGGCAGAUAUUGAGAAUACCUAACUGGUGUAAUGUACGAUCUGAUGGAUGACUGUAUUACUUCAAUGACAAACAAUGACAUUUCAGCAGGCGGGAAUCUCGUACGAACUUAACGUUAAUGUUGUAACGUGUGAAGGCGUUGCUCGUGGUACUGUGGUGUAGCGAGACGCACUCCAGUCUCCAGACCUCGUGUUCUCGAAACAGGGGUUCAGGGCAACGGAAGUUGAAGAUAUUUCGACCAUUAACGGCUCAAUACCGAUUUAGCCGUUUGACAAUCUACAACGAGGCUUGGACAUCCCAUUGGAGGCGAUUUGUGGCUAGAAUGGCGAACGCCACGCCAGAAAACCUCACACAGGGUGUUAUUCCUCGAUUCUACGCCGGAGAAACUGGUGCAAAACCAGCC